UCAUCCACCCGUUUCACACCGCCCUACCAUAAUUUAAAAAAGAAAUUCACAACCAUUACUGUCACCUCCAGGAUAUUAAAUGGUAGUAAAUCACCACUAAAUGUAAAUCACGUUAAAUUGCCCUUAUGACCCAUUUCAAUUUUUUAGUUAAAACUUAAAAAAUACGUAUUUGUUUACAGUUUCAGCACGGUAAUACUCGUGGUUUCAGUGAGCUCGACUAUGAAGAAGGUAAAAGAAAUGGUUGUUUUCUAUCUUGCUCUGUUUUUCCAUUCAUGUGAGAGUUUUUCCGAUGCUGGAUACUUUUCGGCUAUAACUGAAGAAAUUGAAAAUAACGCUACAGCAGCAAAAUGUAUUUCGAACAUCAUGGAAUAUAAACUAUUGCUACAUUCAGCUGUUGUAUCGUUCGUGCAUUCCCAUGAUGACGUUGACUACCUCAUAGAAAUGAUUAACAACUUAGAAUACUACAGCAUUGCAGUAAGGUCAUUCAGCAAUAUCAACUUGAUGAUAGAUACAGAUAUUUACGUCAUGGUAACUGAAAAUCUACGGCAGUUGCAAUUUGGAAUGUCGCAGAUAACUUACGAUUCAUUUUGGGACCCAAGAGCGAAAAUUAUUGUUCAUAUAAAUAAUUUAACAAUCUAUGAAAUUAAUGAAGUUUUCAAUACAUUCUUAAAAUACAAUACACACGACGUGAUUCUGAUAACCAAAGCGGACAAUGAUCAUGAUAAUGCAAAAAUAUUUACAUAUCACCCUUUCGAAGACGGAUGUUGUGGAAGGAAGUUUAACGAUGCCAUUUUAGUAACAAAUUGCAAUGAUUAUGAAAGUGUAGAAAAAUAUUUCCCCGAAAAACCUAAAAACCGGUUAAGAAAUUGUAAUGCUAAAGUUUUGAUACGAGAAGACGCUCCUAACAUCAUUAUCAAAGAUGAGAAACACAUUGGUUUGGAACAAUAUCUAUUAAAAACUAUAGCGGAAGUUACAGGCAUGACUUUAGAAUUCAAACCAACUACCAUAGCUUUAGGGAUUGUUUUACCAAAUCGUACAGCAACAGGAUUAUUAAAAUUCUUACAGAAUAAUGAAGCAGACAUUGUAGCGGGUGGAUUCAUCUUGAUUAAAAAUCGGUAUGAUAUUUUUGACUGUGUAUAUGGCUAUAACUUCGCAACUUUGGAUGUAUAUACCCCUGAUGCAGAACAUGCCGUUUGGAAGAAACUAUACGAAGAAUUUGACACGGAAACAUGGAUACUGGUAAUCCUGUGCUUUAUAGUGAUCUCAAUAAUAUCCACUAUUGUCCUCAGAUUGACGCCAAAAUUGUAUCAUAGCCUUUCAGGUUUGUUACUGAAGCUUUGGGGAUUUUUCUAUUUGGGAAACACCAAUGAACAUUUAUUAAAGGAUGAUGGGCACAAAUGUAUGGAAAGUGGUACCCGCUCCAAUAGCCAUAACCAAUAUAUAUUUUAAAAGGCCUUUAGAUGUAGGAAAAUGUCUGCUAUGGGGCCAGUUCUAAUUCACGUUUUGAAAGCAGUAAUUCCACUAAGUAUUAUAAUGAAAGUAUAACACAAUCAUCCAUGUAUACGAGUAUGU